AUGAGUGAUAACACAGCUAACGUUUAUGAAACCAGGGCCAAGUUUGCAGAGACACUGCAACCGAGGAUUGGUGGUAAUACUACAAAAGUGAUACGAGCUGCUUUGGAAAAGAACGAAGCCGAAGGAGGGGUGUCUAAGGAUAAUGAUGAGGGAUCGAUAGAGAAGGUUAACGUGGCUACUUCACCGCUUCUGACAUCAACACCGCCCACAAUCUCUAAGGCGCUGGUGAAGUUGUACCCUUAUUUAAUUCUCAUUGACGAAUUACUGAACGUUAUAACAUGGACAGGAAAAAAUAUUUGGAGCAGUGUUCUGAUGCUGUGUCUCUUCAUUACUACCGUUGAAUAUUUCGAAACGCUGGUGAAGUACUUUGGGCACCUUGCCAUCAUUGCUAUUCUCUGGGGUUAUUCCCUAUUGGACGAUCAUAUUGAGGGCACGUUGAGCUCCUCGCCGACAUUAGAGGAUAUUGCUCUGUUAAUGAAUAGAGUAUCCUUGAAGUCAGAUAUCUUGCUCUCCCCUAUGGUUAAUCUUGGAACUCAAGAUAUUCAAAGACUUCUAUAUACUACGGUCAUAUUAUCUCCAAUUUACGUGAUGAUAACUUGGCUCCUUCUACCACCGAGAAGCCUAAUGCUGAUGGUGGGUAUAUUCCUUUUGACGUAUCACUCACCUUGGUCUAAAGUAGCAAGAAGGCUUCUAUGGAAGUUUAAGAUUGUCAGGCUGCUUGUUUUCUAUGUUACUGGUUUAGACCUUGGUGGAAUAAAUAAGGACCAAGGCAUUUUCGCUACAGUGCAAAAGCAAGUGAAGAAGUUAGCAUCAACGGAAAACAGCAAUGGUAUGUUAUCCGAUUCCAAGCCUAUCCGUUUCACUUACGUUUUGUACGAGAACCAGCGUCGUUGGUUAGGCAUCGGAUGGAAGCCUAGUAUGUUGAGUUAUGAGAGGACUCCGUGGACCGAUGAAUUUCUGAAUGAGGCUCCCUCUCCUGAAAACUUCCAUUUACCUGAAGAGACUAAUUCUAUGGUUUGGAGAUGGGUCGAUAAGACAUGGAGACUAGACAUGACUAAUGAUGGCGCUAUUCAAGUACCCAAUUCAAAGGCAAGAACCUCGGCAGACCCCUCACCUGACGAAGGAUUCAUAUAUUAUGACAACACCUGGAAGAAACCAAGUAAAGAGGACUCUUUUUCUAAAUACACAAGGAGGAGGAGAUGGGUGAGAACUGCAGAAUUGGUCAAAACUUCUGACUUUGAUGAAAGUGUAAAAAAUUCGAAUAGAAAUUCUGAAAUUGAACAAAAUGCCGAAGAAAACAGCACGAAUAGCUUAACUGCUGAGCAAGAGCUUGAAAAUAGCAAGCAAGAAAAGGAUCAUGCGAGAAAAGUAGGGGAGCCUACAACAGAAGAGACAAAAGAAUUUGCAGAAGCAUCAAACAUCAAUGAAGGCGAGUUUGAAAGAAUCUCCUCAACCGAUGAAGAAAUUUUGAAAUCAAGGGCAAGGGACCGGCUGGCGAAGGUAUUAGAUGACAGCGAAGAGAAAGAGCAAUCAAAUUCAACCAUUGGUCGCGAUAGCAAGAAGGCUGUAUAA